AUGUCCCAACGAGCAAAACUUUCAAGUGAUACUUUACUGUUGUUAUUACUGUUGUUUUCAUCUUACAGUUUCUUUCGUUUUGCAUAUGGUUCUUCUCUUUCUUCAACUGAUAAGAAGCAACAGUUACAAGAAGUAGAUGCUCUUUUGAAAUGGAAAUCAAGCCUUGUGAAGCAAACUCAUUCUCUCCUUCCAACUUGGAAGAUAAAUUCUACUGCGAGCACGACGACUCCAUGCAGGUGGUAUGGAAUCACUUGUAACAAAGACGGAGGCGUCACCGAAUUGAAGAUAACAGGUUUGGGUUUACAAGGUACGCUGCAUGGUUUUAACUUCUCAUCUUUCACCAAUUUCGUUAGCCUUAACUUGAGCUACAAUACACUCUUCGGUACCAUCCCGUCCCAAAUCAACAAUAUUCCAAAACUCACCUCCCUUGAUCUUUCUGUCAAUGAAUUUUCUGGACUUAUUCCACCAGAAAUAGGCGCUCUCACAAGUCUGCAUAAGUUACAUCUCUCUAAAAAUCAAAUUAGUGGUUCACUGCCUAUUUGUAUAUGCAAUCUGACUAAGUUGACUAGUUUAUCAGUUUAUGAAAAUCAAGUCUCGGGAGCUAUUCCACAAGAUAUCGGAAGGCUAAUUUUUCUUACCUUCUUAGCUUUGUCCGGCAACAAGCUCACUGGUUCAAUCCCCACUUCUUUAACAAAUUCGACGAGAUUGGACGCUCUUUAUCUGCAUGAUAACCAACUUUCUGACAUCAUUCCUCGAGAUAUAGGAAUGCUAAGCUCUCUUACACUCUUAUCAAUUCAUAAUAACAAUAUGAGUGGGUCAAUCCCUGUUUCUUUAACCAAUUUGACUCGCUUGAACACUCUUACCCUAUAUCAUAACCAACUUUCUGGAAUAAUUCCCCAAGAUAUUGGGAAACUACACUCUCUUACAGGCUUUGAUUUGUCAGAGAACAAGAUCACUGGUUUGAUUCCUACUUCAGUAUGCAAUUUAACCAACCUGGCCUAUUUAUCAUUUUUUAAAAAUGGGCUUUCAGACAUCAUACCUCGAGAAAUUGGUGGGCUAAGGUCUCUUACUGUGUUUUCUUUGUACAGUAACAAUCUCAUAGGUUCAAUCCCUGCUUCUCUAACCAAUUUGACUAUCCUAGACACUCUUUCCUUAUGGGAUAACCAACUUUCUGGCAUCAUCCCUCAAGAUAUAGGAAGGCUUCGCUCUCUUACAAUCUUUGAUUUGUCGACAAAUAAUUUCACUGGUCCAAUCCCUAUUUCUAUAUGUCACUUGGCCAACCUCACACUUUUAUCAGUUUUUCGGAAUCAACUUACUGGUGUCAUCCCUCAAGAUAUUGGAAAGCUAAGGUCUUUAGAUACCUUAUAUAUGUCUGUAAACAAACUCACUGGUUCAAUACCUGCAUCAGUGGGUAAUUUGAGAAAUUUAACUCUUUUAUCUCUUUUUACAAAUGAGUUAAAUGGUUCAUUACCGAUAGGAAUAAACAAUCUAACGCUGCUGAAUGAACUGAGUUUGGGCGAUAACAAGUUCUCUGGUUAUUUACCCCAAAAUGUUUGUCAAAGCGGAAUUCUUGAGCAAUUUGUAGUAAAUGAUAACCAUUUCACGGGUCCUAUACCAAGAAGUCUUAGAAGUUGCACCAGUCUUAGGCAUCUAGAUCUUACAUCUAAUGAACUGGUAGAUGAUGUAACGGAGGCAUUUCACGUGUAUCCGCAUCUAUAUAGGCUCGGUGUGGGUAACAAUAUGUUGUAUGGUGAACUUUCAAAAGACUGGGGGAAAUGUCAAAAUUUGACAGCCAUUUCUUUCGCAGGCAACAAAAUCACUGGUAAAAUACCAUCAGAAAUGGGAAACUUGAUGAUUUUAAGUCAACUUUAUCUUUUUUCAAAUAACUUAGUAGGAGAAAUUCCUAAGGAGUUGUUGAAAUUAUCUUCAUUGAUUGAGUUAGAUUUGAGUAAUAAUCAACUUUCCGUGUAG